AUGGCCGCGAAGUCGGAUGGAGGAGCGGCAGCCGCCGCCUGCUCCCCGUCGUCGGUGCUGCGCCGGGAGGGCUCCUCUGAAGGCGGCGGCGGCGGUGGCAGCUGCGGCGGGAGCCUGGCGCGGGGGUCCCGUCGGGCCCCGCUGCCGCCGCCGCCGCUGCCCAACCCCGGGCCGGGGAGCCCCGCCGCCGCCGCCGCCGCCGCCGCCCCCUCGCUGCUGCCCGGCCGCGAGUACAGCCUGCUGGACUGCUGCUGGGUGCUGGGCGCCCUGCUGGUCUUCUUCUCCGACGGCGCCAGCGACCUGUGGCUGGCCGCCGACUACUACCUGCGGCGCCAGUACUGGUGGUUCGGCCUGACGCUGCUCUUCGUGCUGCUGCCCUCGCUGGUCGUGCAGCUGCUGAGUUUCAGGUGGUUCGUCUACGACUUCUCGGCGCCCGCCCGCGCCUCGCCGGGGCCGGCCGCGGCCGCCUUCAGCACCAAGGACAGCUGCGCCGGCACCAAGGACAGCGCCCGCGCCGGCCCAGCGCCAGCCGCCCCGCCGCCGCCGCCGCCUCGGGCUUCCCCCGGCGGCCCGCAGCAGCAGCAGCAGCAGCAGGGAGCCCGCGGCUGCUGCCGCCUCUGCGUCUGGACCCUCCAGUUCCUCAUCCACCUCCUGCAGCUCGGGCAGGUCUGGAGGUACCUGCGGACCCUGUACCUGGGUCUCCAGAGCCGCUGGCAGUCGGAGCAUCGCCGGCGCCAUUUCUACUGGAGGAUGAUGUUCGAGAGCGCGGACAUCAGCAUGCUGCGGCUCCUGGAGACCUUCCUCAAGAGCGCCCCACAGCUGGUGCUGCAGCUGAGCAUCAUGGUCCAGCAGAACCGGAUCGAGCCUCUGCAGGGUCUCUCAGCUUCUGCCUCGCUGGUGUCUCUGGCUUGGACUCUUGCCUCUUACCAGAAGGUGCUUCGGGACUCCCGGGAAGAUAAGCGGUCCAUGUCCUACAAAGGGGCGGUGGUGCAGAUCCUCUGGCACCUGUUCACCAUCGCGGCCCGUGCCAUUGCCUUCGCCCUCUUUGCCUCCGUGUUCCAGCUCUACUUUGGCAUCUUCAUUGUCACCCACUGGUGCAUCAUGACCUUCUGGAUCAUCCAAGGUGAGACAGAUUUCUGCAUGUCCAAGUGGGAGGAGAUCAUCUACAACAUGGUGGUGGGCAUCAUCUAUAUCUUCUGCUGGUUCAACGUCAAGGAAGGCCGCAGCCGGUGCCGCAUGUCCAUCUAUUACAUCAUCACCUUGUCCGAGAACGCGGCCCUGACGGGGCUCUGGUACUGGUGCCGGGACCAGAAGGUGGUCGUCGAAUUCAACGCCUUAAUCAUUGUCUGCGUCGUCACCUCCAGCUUCGCCUUAGGUGUCUUCUUCAUGUUCAUCUACUACUGCCUCUUGCACCCCAACGGAACCAUUUUUGGCCCCCAGAGCACAGGCUGCAUAUGCAGCGAGGAGCCCACGGCUGUCCCCUGUGCCCCAGGGGCCCCCGCGGAUGUCAUCACCAGCCCCCCGCGCUCCUUGCCGAGGACUACAGGGGCUGAGAGGGAGGGGUUGCCCGGGGACAGAGACAGCUGCGUGCCGGUCUUUCAGGUCAGGCCGAGCGUGCCCCCAACCCCCGUUGCCCGCGCCCCACGGACAGAGGGUCCUGUCAUUCGCAUCGACCUGCCGCGGAAAAAAUACCCAGCCUGGGAUGCCCAUUUCAUUGACAGGCGCCUCCGCAAAACCAUUCUGGCCCUGGAGUACACCUCCCCGGCGACGCCGCGCCUGCAGUACCGCAGCAUGGGGGCAUCUCAGGAGUUGCUGGAGUACGAGACCACGGUGUAGAGUGGCCAGGAGCCACGAGGAGCUUGAGCGUGGCGCUGCAGCGGGGGCCCCUCCUUGAGCCGGGGGCCGUCCCUGGCUUCUGCGCAGCCGGAGCGAGCUGGCCUGGGGUUCCGGCCCCACUGCCUCCGGGGCCAGGUGGCGGCCGCCCGAGAAGCAGCCGGCCCUCCCGCCUCUUGUUAGCCAUUUUUGGUUGAUCAUUCCUCCUUCACAUAGCACUGACGACGACUCCUGUCCCCCCCCCCUUGUGCUGCCCCCCUCCUCUUGCAGAUGGGCUCGGGGAAGCCGCCCCCCUGGUGCUAUUUUCCCUCGACAGGUUGCCGUGGUAGGUUUUGCCGCACGACCACCUCUCUCCCUGGGGCAGGCUGUGCUGGUUCUCCUCCAGCCCCAGGCCCCACGUCACCAUCAGGCUCCGAAAGAGGGGACACGACCCCAACCACCCAACCACCCAUCCGCAAAGGAGGCUGCAGCCUCCCCUGAAAUACCUCACCUGUAACCUGAGCCCAGAGAGCGAAGGCCUCUUGAACCAGUGGAUUUUGUUCCCUCCGGUCAUCAGAGCGUGCAUGAAGCUGAGAGCAUCCGUUGUGGGCGGGCCGCGGAGUUGAUCACGGUACCAAGGGGAGCAUUUGAGAGACGAAAGAUGGCGGCCUGGGGGACAAGAGGGAGGGACGGCAGGGCUGGGGGACCUGCUCACUGGCUGCUGUGUGACCGGUGCUGGUGCCUGCAGGGUUUGGUGUGAGAGGUUGGGGAGGUUUGCACAAUGGUGGCUGGCCAUCUCCCCAGCACGAGAUCAGGUUCAAGGAUCAGACAGCCCUUCCUCUUCUCCAUCACAUCCCAGCCCCCUUGUUCUGACCCUCAAGUCCUCCUCUUUUGUGGACCUGGGCAGCUUUGGAAUCUAAGCAAAGAGAUCCCCAGAGAGAGAGAGAGAGAGACAUUGAGGAAUAGCUAGUAGAUGCUCAUCCUAACGAGCCAGGACGGGCCACCUAACGAGGCACCGCUGCCUCUGGUUCCCAGCAGCUCCCUUUGUGCCUCUUUGAAGAGAGCUGCAUUGCCUGCAGGCUGGCCAUUCCUCAGGUAGAGCUGUGCAGGCUCUGCUCAGCUCUACCUGAGGAAUGGCCAGCCUGCAGGCAGCAACACUCUUUUUAAUGCCAGAA